GAUAACUAAUUUCGGUAUAAAAGAAGUAAGCCGUUGCCAGUUGGUUGGAUUCAGUAGAUUUAGUUGCAAUAGUCAUGUUUCGUUUGAGCCUGGUGUUCGUGCUUCUCGGCGCCGCCGCCGUCUUCGGAGGCACUCUUUCGCCGGAGUUCCUCGAAUGGGAAGGCCGUAUUGUCGGAGGUCAAAAUGCUGCUUCCGGACAGUUCCCGUACCAGGUUUCUCUGCGCUCAUCGGCCAAUGCGCACUUCUGUGGUGCUUCGAUCAUCAGUAACCGUUGGGUUCUGUCGGCCGCUCACUGUACCGUUGGACGCACCCUGGCCAAUACCCGUGUCGUCGUAGGAACUCAUCUGCUGAACAGCGGAGGAAUCUCCCACGCCUCGUCCCGCAUCGUUAACCAUGGAUCGUACAACGCCAACACCUUGGCCAACGAUGUGUCGCUGGUACAGACGGCUUCGGUCAUCGGCAUGAACAAUCUGGCUCAGACCAUAGCCUUGGGCGGGUUUUUCAUCAACACUGCCAGCGGAGCUCUAGCUUCCGGAUGGGGUCGUCUGGGAGCUAAUGCCGGCAUUCCGAACAACCUGCAGUGGCUGAGCACCAGCAUUAUCACCCUGGCGGACUGCCGUGCCCGUCACUCGGUCGCCAACCGUGCCAGCGUCUUCGAUAACACCGUCUGUACGCUGAGCCCGACUGGCCAGGGCAUGUGCAUGGGAGACUCCGGUGGCCCAUUGGUGCAUGGAGGUGCCCAGCAUGGAAUUGUUUCGUGGGGAAUCCCUUGCGGAUUGGGAUCUCCUGAUGUGUUCGCUCGCGUCUCUUCGCACGUCAACUGGAUUCUGGCCAACGCAGUCUAAACAUUUUUGACCAAGGCUAUCCACUAAAUAUAGUUUAUCAUUUUA